UUGCAUCAGGCUCCCACGACCUUCAAAACUGAAAGAGAAACCAGAGGCAGCUGCUUGUGACACACCAGGGGCUGCGGUGUCAGAGCCCAGACGCCACGGGACCUGGCAGCAGCCACAGACGGGCUCGGCUCGCCGGGGUGGCACCUCGGCCCUCUCCAGCGAGUUUCAGCUCCGCACCCAGCCAGAUGGGCAGCCCAUUCAGAACCAUGGGCAUCCUCCGCGUGACCGUCCAGUCUCUCCAGAAGCCUGUUGUGAAGACCUCCAAGGGAAGCUACAAGAAGUAGUGAAGUAGUGAGCAGGGGAAGGGGACAGGUCGGUGUCUGGAUGCUGUGACCCCCUUCCAUGUGUAAAGCAGAAGCCUGCAAGACGGCACUGAGGACAGUCCACGUUUCCAGGACAGGAGCAGGGACUCGGGUUUGCCAGGCAGUCUGAGAGAGGAGCGAGGAGGAUGGCAAUCGCAGCAGGCGUCCCCACAGCAGGCUGUACCACGGUAUCAAGAGAGCACGCAGGCGCCAGGAUGGGUCUGCUGCUGCAGCAGCGGUGCACCGGGCACCUGCUGUGUGCACUGACCUUCCUUGAGGCUGCUGGAAACUUGGCCCUGAUGCUCUACGCGCUGCUGUGGGAAGCCGGGAACCCGGUCGACCGCCCUGACAAACGCAUUGGCUUUUACAACUUCUGCCUGUGGAACGCGACAGCUGGGGAGCUGCAGUGCCUGGAGUACAAGCAUCUGCAGGUGAUGGGCAUCAGCCUACCAGGAAUGGUGCUAGCCAGGGUUUGUGUGUACGCCUGCCUGGUCUUCAGCAUCUUCUACCCCGUUUUUGUUGCACACGUGCAGUGCAGAGAGGAGAGGGAGGGCUGGAAGGCGAUCCUCAUCAUACUCAUCAUCAAGAUGAUAAUCCUCUCUGGAGGCCUGGGUACGUUUCUUUUCCAAACCUCGCAGUGGAUUCACCUCUCUGAUUUCACUGGGGGCUUCCUGGCAUUGCUUGGGACUCAGGCUCUGCUACUGCUCCAGAUUCUCACUGCCACUAUGUACCUCAGCUGGGCCAAGCAACACACACCCGGGUCAAAGCCCUUUUCCUGA